AUGUGGGGUAAGGUCACCAGAACCCACGGUAACUCUGGUGUUGUCAGAGCUACUUUCAGAAACAACUUGCCAGCCAAGACUUUCGGUGCUUCUGUCAGAAUCUUCUUGUACCCAUCUAACAUCUAA